CUUCUUUACCAAGUAGUAUAUUAGCUCGAGCAUGAAACACAUAGAACUAGAAGCCAUGACACAAGUGCUGUGGUUUCUCCUUACGUUCACCCUGAUGAUUUCCCAUCUGGUGGUGCCGCCUGUGGUAGCCGCUGGCUCCGAUGAAACGGCGCCGUCGCCGACGAUGCUAGGUCCAGAGCCGGGCUGCUCUCGCAGGUGUGGCGACGUAGACGUUCCCUACCCAUUCGGCAUCGGCGACGAUGUAUGUUGUUCCUGGCAGGGCGACUUCAGCCUCACUUGCAACAAUAGCUUCGACCCUCCAAAACUAUACUUGGGCGACUUCGAGGUCACCAGCAUCUCGUUGGACACCGGCGAGAUAGGCGUAUUUAGCGCUGUGUCGUACGUCUGCUACAACUUGUUUAACCGAACAAAACUCGAGGACAUCUCUUCGCUCAGCUUCUCCGGCUCGCCGUAUCUGAUCUCGCCGACGCGCAACGUCUUCACGGCCAUCGGAUGCAGCACCGAGGCAUUUCUGCAUGGCAGGGAGGACGCGAGCUACUUCACCGGCUGCAUCAGCACCUGCCUGAGCUUGGACGAUGCUGCUCACGACGGCGAUGAGUGCGCGGGGCUUGGCUGCUGCCAGACGCCAAUUCCUGCCAACCUUAGCACGAUAGAGGUCGACUGGGGCAACGGCAACGGCACCCUCGUCAGUUCUGCGUGGAGCUACAGCCCCUGUAGCUACGCCUUCGUGUCCGAGAAGGCUGGUAUGUACAACUUCAGCCGGCAACACUUCAGUCCAAUUGGAAACCUUAAUAGCUUUGCCAGCCGGUUUGGAGUAGGAACUGAGACAAUUGUCCCGCUGGUGCUUGACUGGGCCAUCAGGAGUGGUGGGUCUUGUCCGCUCCCGCCGGAAAACGGCGGCGCGUCGGCGAAACCGACAGCUUCCGCUUGUGUCAGCGCCCACAGCUACUGUGUGAACGCCACACAGGGCUCUGGGUACCUAUGCAACUGCUCCAAGGGAUACACGGGCAAUCCCUACGUCACCAACGGAUGCACAAAUAUUAAUGAGUGCGAGCUUCGCAGAUCAUAUCCUGAGAGGUAUGAAAAACAAUAUCCUUGUGGCAGCGGUAGCACAUGCCAUGACACACAAGGUGAUUACACGUGCAAAUGCAAAUUCGGGUACAAAGGAGAUGGUAAAAGUGACAAAGGAUGUGAGAUUAUAUUUCCAGGAUACGCAAUAGCAAUAGCAGUAACAUUCAUUUUCGCCAUCCUAGCGUGUUUGGCAAUUACGGAGUUUAAGAGACGAGACAAGCGGAAGCAUUUCGACAAAAACGGUGGCACACUACUGAAGAGCGUGGGCAUUACCAUCUUCACAAAGGGGCAACUGAAGAGGAUUACAAAUGGCUACAAAAAGCCCAUUGGACAAGGUGCCUUCGGCAAGGUCUACAUGGGGACCAUCGAUGGCUCCCAACAAGUCGCGGUUAAAUGCCCCAUCGCAAAAGGCGACGCGAUCGGCAAGGACGAGUUCGUGAAGGAGAUCACCUUCCAGUUCCAGAUCAGGCACGCGAACCUGGUCCGCCUGAUCGGGUGCUGCCUGGAGACGAACGUCCCCAUACUGGUCUUCGAGUUCGUCCCCAAUGGAAGCCUCUAUGACGUGCUCCAUGGCGCUAACAAGAUGAGCGUGCUCUCGCUGCUGAUGCGCCUGGACAUUGCCAUCGGCUCUGCGGAAGCUCUCGCCUACAUGCACUCGCCUGGUGGCCAGAACCAUGUCCAUGGCGACGUCAAGUCCGGCAACAUUCUCCUCGAUCACAACCUCAUGCCGAAAGUCUCCGACUUCGGGUCGUCCAAGCUUCUGUCCAUGGGCAUGUACUCCAGGUCCGUGAUAGCGGAUAUGAGCUACCUUGACCCUGUGUACAUGAAAACAGGCCGUUUCACGGAGAAGAGCGACGUCUACAGCUUUGGCGUGGUGCUCCUGGAGCUCAUCACCCGGAAGACGGCCAAGUACGAUGGGAACAGGAGCCUCCCCAUAGACUUCGUCAUGUCCUCCAAGGACGAGGGCAACAGAAGGGGGAUGUAUGACAGAGACAUCUUGUUUUCUGGCGAUGCUCAGUCUCAUGUUUACAUGGAAUGCCUUGACAGGAUUGGCGAGCUCGCUGUCCGAUGUCUCAAGGAAUACGUCGAGGAGAGACCCACUAUGGUAGAGGUGGUGGAGGAGCUUAAGCAAGUGAAGGUAAGAGCUUGCGGAGGCUGAUGGUCCGGGGCAAGUUAAAAGGCACGUAGAUGAACCAAUCAAAAGUAAGCAUCCGCAUGCAAGGUCAACUUAAGCUAAGCUACUUAAUUUGUAGUAGUAUUUCAGCUUUGUCCAAUAUCCAUCACUACCAUCAAUUGUCGAAUCGACUGCACGAAUUAUAUGUGCACACAGUUUGUUAUAUUAUUUGUCUUGUAUCGGUACUGUGAGAUUUAUUAUGCUGCAUGCAAUAUUGUGUACUAGUUAAGGAACACGGUUGUUUCA